CCAACAAUGCAAUACCGGUACUUAACAUGACGUCAUUUUCGCGCAAAUUGUCAAUUUGACAGCCGACGCUUUUGCAAAAUGGAAAAUGUCAACAAAAGAGCGAAAGCUUUUAACGAGCGCGAAAUCGAAGUAAUGACAGAUUACAUGAAAUUGAAUAUUCACAAGCUUAGAAUGAAUCAUGGCUCGGGCGGUCCGGGCAUGGUUGCUCGAGUCCGUGAGAUCUGGGACGAACUUUUAGCUGGUGUAAACGCAUGCGGAAACGGACCGAGGACACUACAACAAAUCAAGGAAAAGUGGAGGAACAUGACCAAAAACGCUAAAGCCGACGUUUCAAAGCAGCGAAAUCAUGCUGCCGCUACGGGGGGAGGACCGCCAUUGACUGAAAUGUCGCAGACCUCGCAGGCGGUGGCGAGUCUGUUUACCCAUUCGGCAUCGUUUCAUGGCGUCGUGGACGACGCAGAUACCGUCAUCGCGGUUACUCCUCCAUCGCCGGGGUUCCUGGGCCUGCCCUUAAUGGAGUUAUUAACCGCCAUGGACAUCCCUUCGGUGUGGCGGAAACCUUUCAAGACAGUAAGAACCGAAAUACGACUGUCUACUCCGACAUCCACAGACUAA